GAAAGACAAAUGCUCAAAGGGGAGAGUGUGGAGGACCACUUUGCGACCCACAAGGGUUGUUGUUUUUCUCCAUGCACUGUUUGUUUGCACUCCCGUGCGCACAAGGACUGCUAAGGAUCACGCACAGUUCAGCGAAGGACUCUCGGGACUUCUCCGGCUUCUUUUUUGUGGAGAUCCGCUAACGGAGAGGAAAGGAGACGGGAUCGGUGAGCUGGAGGCAGUUUGUUGCAUGAACUCAUACUUACUGCGAUGGAAUGAGACGCUGCAGAAACUCUCCUAAACUUGUGGAGAAGUUGUCUUUGGGCGAUUCUUUUACUCGUGUGAGUUUUUGGUUGAGUUUUCGGCACAAACAUGUAUGGAUAGCGGGAUAUUCGCGGAAGAAUCCGGCUCAAAUGGAUCAGCGCUGACGGGUUUAUGGAGCCGGGAUUACACAGCGCAGUGCCAGCCUGUUGAACGCCCACACACGGGCCUAUCACACACCAUCUGCCCCGGAAUAAAUCAGACCCUCCAGUGAAGAUCAAUGGAAGUAGAGUGAAAGUUGCCCAUAUGAAACUGCUCUGAUUUCUCCAUAUUUUGCAGCCAGAACAAUGGCAAGCUCUGGCGCAUUGACACAGAGCGUCUGCAGAUCUGUUUGGCCUCUUGUAAGUGUGCUUUUGUUUUUAGGCUACUUCUCCGUGGCCUCCCCGUCCCACGGUCGGCGGCUGAUAUGCUGGCAAGCCAUCAUGAACUGCCAAGCCGAGCCCGAGUGCAAUUACGCAUACGAUCACUACACGCGCGCAUGUGGCCCCGUGCUUAACGGCGACAGGAAGAAGUGUCCGAGCCACUGCAUCUCCUCGCUCGUGCAGCUCAAUCUGACCAAAAGCGGACCGGCUCUGGAGGACUGCAGCUGCGCCCACGACCCGGUGUGCACGAGCACAAAGCGGGCUAUCGAGCCGUGCCUGCCCAGGACUACAAGCACGGGCUGCACGGAGGCUCGGCGUCAGUGCGAGAGGGACCAGCAGUGCAGCUCCGCCAUGCACGACUAUCUGACCCACUGCGGGAAACUUUUCAGCGGGGCGAUCUGCACCAACGCAUGCCGGAAUGUGAUCGCCAACAUGCGUAAAAUCCCCAAAGGUCAGCAGCUGGACACUUGCAUGUGUGACGGCACAGAGCGGGCUAUCUGUGAGUUUGUGAAGAGCAGCAUGAAGGCGCUCUGCUUCGACUCUCCGGUCAGGGAGGAGGAGAGCAGCGGUACCGACUACGGCCCGGAUUCAGAUUAUGAGGACGACUCGGAUCAGGACUAUCUGGAGGAGCCUGAGAGCGGAGCUCCUCUCCCUGUUGCAGCCCAUUGCGUUUUGACCCUUUUGGCAUCCAUUUUAGCUCUAUUGCCCCUAAUUUAGUUCCAGGGUUCAUAAUCUGCCUUGACUAUUGUCCGGACAAGAGGCAAUCUAAACUUUUGUCACUCAUUGACCUGCUUCUUUUGAAGAGAUCAGAGCCUCAGAGACUGAAGGAAAGCCUGGUUUGGGGGGGGGGGCUUUGAACGCUGAAGGAUGUCAAAUCAGGAUAUUUUCUAUGCAAAUGACACCAGAAAGGUUUCUUUUGAAAGUGCCUGAGCUGCAGGCUGCUCCUUUUAUCAAACCACAACACUCCACGGCUCUCCACAUGCUUUGCCUAUGUGAUAAGCUAAAUUAGAUUGUCUCCUUUCUCUCACAGACUGAUAGUAAGCUGUCAGGGUAGAGACUUGUUUUGGAAACAAUGCAACCUUUAAUCAGUUAAUGCUGUGCACUGCCAAUCCAUUUUUUUAAAGAUAUGAACUAUUUUUAUAUGACACUGUUGCCACCUGGCACCAGGCUGAUCAGACUGACAAGUAUUUAAUGCUGGAAUCUCUGAACUUGUAAAUAGACAAGGAGUUAAAGUGAAACAGUAAUUUAUUACAUGCCAACUUUAGUUACAUCCAAAUGUUCAUCAUGUGAAUAAAAGACUAAAUUCCAGCUUUAAAGGGAAGUUAUUUUUCACUGUAUGCUCCUCAAAGAUACUGUGCAUUGUACAUAUGUGUAUAGCCUAUAUAGAUUUUUUUCAGAGAAUCCUCUAUGUUUGAGGCUAUGAGAUGAUUUAUUCACUGUGUAUAGCCUAGAGAAAGAAAUGUCUAAAUCCACUGUAUGAUUGCCUUAAUGAUAUACUUUUAUAGAAGGCAUAAAGGAAACUUGAAGAUA